AUGAAACAAAUGAUGUCUUCUGAGUUGGUUGUGUCUGUCUAUGCAUAUGCUGCUCUCUGCGAGAUUGAUAUCUUGCGCUGCGCUUAUAUUUCUUCAUGCGUGUACGCCUCAUCUGCAGAUGCAUUUCCCGUUUUGCCCCUUAUCGCGUCGCGCACGGACGCCUGUUCCCACUCUCACGGAUACGCUCCUCGGUCCUGCUCUCCUCCCUUCGCUCCUCCAGGUCGCCGCGGCCACCUCCAUGUCGCGCCCCACCGCCGGCGUCGUCUUCCUCUCGCGCCCCAGCGCCGCCGGCAUCUUCCUGAACUUUUCCAAGCGCCGCCUUGCUCCCCGCCACCCUGUAUACUCUCGAAUCUCGCCCGCGACGACGCAAAUGGUCGGAGGUCAAAGGUCGCAUUUUCACGAGCCGGUGACGAGCUGCUGGGAGAGGAGGCGUUAGAUCUGCGUGCUCGAGUUGCUGCUAGGCAAGGGGGCGCCGGAUCUGCGUGCUCCGGCGACGAUUUGGCUGGGUUCGCGGAUCACCGUGAGAGAUGGCGGUGGACUUCUCUGGUGGGAGCCGCCAGGAGCCGCGUCGAACUCUUGCGCCCAAGACGACGGUCUCGUCAAACUGUUGUGGUCGUCCAACAGCGUCGUCAUGCACAGCCAGCCACCGCCGGUGCGGGAACUCGAGGCAGCCUUCGUGGUCGACGACAUCUCACCGAGAUGGUGCUCUUCUCGGAGAUCUUCUGCCAAAUGCCAGCGGACGCCGGUCACAGCAGCACGGGCAAGCGGAAGCAGAGAUACGCCACCGGGAGCCCCAGCGAGGUUAUGCGGGCCGUGGAGUAUGAGUCUGCUCACUCGGCUGCUGUGACGAAGCGUGAGCCUUCUUCCACAGGCAAACGGCGGCGUGAAGCCCAAGUGCACAACCUCUCGGAGAGGAGGAGGAGGGACAGGAUCAACGAGAAGAUGAGGGCUCUGCAAGAACUCAUUCCCCACUGCAACAAAGGGUUUGAUCUUGGGCAAGUUUGGCAUUGGCUGGAGAUGUGUUUUCUUUCUGCACUGACACAUGUUCUUUAAGGUUAUUUUCAGAGUUGUUGUCAGUAACCUAUCUGCUCGAUAUGCGAGCGGGAGUGCUCUAUCUGCUCUUCGAUGGUGAUUGGUGCGGAGGAGAUCGUCAUCCGCAUUAUCUGCGACCAUGUGGACGUCUUCCAUGUCCUCAGCGACCACGCCACAGUCGCCGCCGUGCUCCAUCAGAGGGAGAGCAACAUAGCCAAUCAUCGACCCUUAUAGGCCCCUCCAUUGUUCAUGGAGCUUUGGAGGCAAUCAUUGUCAGAUGGUGGAGGAGCGACGUGCUGGGGGCACAUAAGCUGCUGGGGCAGUGGGUCAUGGCGAUGUGCUGGAGGCAGAGGAGCUGCUGCGGCAGAGAACAACGGCGAGCUGUUGAGGCGGAGGAGUCCCGUCAGAUGCUGGAGAGGACGAGCACGGGGAGGUGCUGGGGCGAACGAGCACGAGGUCAUUGGAGCGGAGGAGUCUCGUCAGGUGCUGGA